AGGUGGGGCCGGCGGGCGGGCGGCUGCAGCUGCCGCCGGCGUCUCGGGGGCUCCAGGCUGCGGGGCGGACGCAGCGCCUAGUGAUCCACCGCGGAGCCGCGCGAGGCCGCCCGAGCCCGAGCCCGAGCCCCGAGCGAGCGCCGCCGCCGCCUCUCGCCAGCCGGUCCCCGGACGCGCCGCCGCCGCCACAGCCGGGAAGGCAGCCGGUGCCUAGCAAGUUGCGAGUGCGCUUCUCCGCCCGGGGAAAGUUUCCCCCGCGGCCGCCGACUGGAGUUGGCGCGGGAUCCGGCCACUGCCGCUGGAAGAGUUUAUCCUGAAGCUACCAUCAGAAAGAGACUUCAAGAGAAUCUUGACACCCCUGAAAGGAAAAGACACCAGUUGAAAGAGGACAAGCUGGGCCAAUAACAGAAAUAUACAGGAACCCCUCUGACCAAGAGACUGUCCCGCUGACAUCAGAACUGCCCAGGGGGAGCACCAUGGAAGGCGACUGUCUGAGCUGCAUGAAGUAUCUGAUGUUUGUGUUCAAUUUCUUCAUAUUUCUGGGUGGGGCCUGCCUGCUGGGCAUCGGCAUCUGGGUCAUGGUGGACCCCACCGGCUUCCGGGAGAUCGUGGCCGCCAACCCCCUACUCAUCACGGGCGCCUACAUCCUCUUGGCCAUGGGGGGCCUGCUUUUUCUGCUCGGCUUCCUGGGCUGCUGCGGGGCCGUCCGGGAGAACAAGUGUCUGCUGCUGUUGUUCUUCCUGUUCAUCCUGAUCAUCUUCCUGGCGGAACUCUCGGCGGCCAUCUUGGCCUUCAUCUUCAGGGAGAACCUCACCCGCGAAUUCUUCACCAAGGAGCUCACCAAGCACUACCAGGGCAACAACGACACAGACGUCUUCUCUGCCACCUGGAACUCUGUCAUGAUCACAUUUGGUUGCUGUGGGGUCAACGGGCCUGAAGACUUUAAGUUUGCAUCAGUUUUCCGACUCCUGACUUUGGAGAGUGACGAGGUGCCGGAGGCCUGCUGCCGGAGAGAACCCCAGAGUCGGGACGGGGUCCUGCUGAGCAGGGAGGAAUGCCUCCUGGGAAGAGACCUGUUCCUGAACAAGCAGGGCUGUUACACGGUGAUCCUCAACGCCUUCGAAACUUACGUGUACCUGGCCGGAGCCCUCGCCAUAGGGGUGCUGGCCAUCGAGCUUUUUGCCAUGGUCUUUGCCAUGUGCCUCUUCCGGGGCAUCCAGUAGAGGGUGUGGCCUGAAGAUUGAAGACUCACCCCACCCACCACUGCCCACCACCCAAUGCCCUCCCUUCCCCCUCGCCCCUGCCCUCUUGGCCCCGGGGGAGGAGGUGAGGCCAUGAUGAGUGGCUAGGAAAUGGGGCAGAGGAAAAUAGCUAUUUUUUUAACAAAAAAAUGAAGGCAAGAAUAUGGACUGAUGUAGCCCAUCUGGACUCCGGAACGGGCGCCAUGGGGUUCUCCGCGGGGGCCCGGGCACCUGAACCCAGGAUGCAGCCUGCACUAGAGACCAAAGCAACACCAGGGCCAGGCCCCCUCCUUGCUGCCGCCAGAUGUGGCAGCCCGGGACCUGCGCCCUCAACUCACAGCUUCAGGAUCUGGUGCCAAGGAAGUAAUAAGGAUUUAGGCAAGAAGGAGGCAAAAGAAAAUUGUGGAGAAGUUGGCAAAGCCCAGGGGCGCCGAGGAGAUCUGGUCACCAUGUCCUUGAGGACUUGGAAUCUACGUGGAGUCCCCGGUCCUCCGAGGAUGGAGUUGUCCCUGCCUCAGGCUGGGGCCAAGAGUGGGCUGCAGAUGCUGGAUCCAAGGAUGGCCCAGCCGGUAGGGUCCGUGCUUCCCCAUCUGUUGGAGCAAAUAAUCUGGAAAGCCCAGAGAGGAGCAGUUUCUCAUCCACAGUCACACAGCACGUGCGUGACAGUUCUGAACAAGAACCCCGCCAUCCCCAGGGUGCCUGUCACUCCUUCCAAGGCUCUGUUGGUCCCAGCAGACCUACUGCUCACACCCCUCCCUGGCCUCUGCAUCCUGGUUUCCCCAGAAGAGAGCGGGCAAGCUGGUCAGGAAUUGCCUCUUCCCGCCUCCACAGCUAAGAAAAUUCUGGACUCUGCCCUCCCUGCUCUCCCUGACACCUCCCCACACUUUUCUCUAAGUCCCAGGAACACACACACAUGCACACACACCACAGCCCGUUUUCUACACUGCCCUCCUUUCCUCCACCAACCCCACCAAUUUCCUGGCCCCCAGGGCUGGAAGGAACCCCCAAGAUCAUCUGGUUCUCCUCUCCUCACUCAGAACUGCCACUCGGAUGUCUUCCACAAGAUCCCUGCCAAGACUUCUUCAUCUUCUUCUUGCACACCUCCAAGGACGGGGAGCUUACUACCUCCCAAAGCAGUCCUUCUCUUUGGACUGCUCUGACUUUAACAUCAGCUCAAUACACGGAAGAGGUUCAUGUUUUUCUGUGGUUCUGUCCAUGGCAUCCCACUUGCUCUCCUUCCCAAAGCGAUAAGGCCACACGUUUUCCCCCGGAGCCCCGUUAUUUCCAGGCUAAAGAACCCCAGGGCACCUCAUCAUUUCUGCUGACACGGUUUUCCUGUCCCUUCGCUGUCCAUAGCACAUUUCUGAGUGUUUCCUCCAGGAUCUGGCAGGGAGAGGUUUCCCCACAGACUUACUCACACCCACACAGCACCCACAGAUCAGCCCCUCAUGUGCAGGUCUCAAAUUCUAGACCAGUGUUAGCAACUCUAUUGCAAGAUGCCUCGACCCUGAUCAGUCAGGAGUGGCUGCCAGAGGCUGUGUGGAGAAUUGGAGGCUUGGUCUGGGCUCAGUGGGGGAGGACAGUGUAAUCUUGAUUAGUGAUGUCUGCCAAACAACUCAAGCUUGUUGAGGGAUGGGUGUGGGAGGGACAGUAUGGUGCCUGCUCUCCUCUCUUCAUUGUCCCUCUUCAGGGUCUGGGAAGAGCCCAUUCUAUCUCAAAGGCCCUGUGCCAGCUUCCAGCCUCCCCUCCAGCUUUCCAGCCACUGGGAGACAGAGCAGUGGCCUAGAGCCCAGCGCUCCCCUGCUCUGCCACCUACCCCCUUCUGAGAUGCGGCCAGAGCUCUGUGCCUGCUGUAAAGAUUUGGUUUGCCCCUCCCCCCAUUUCUCCCCUUCCCCCUUGCACUCACCCUGCUGUCCUCACCAGUCCUGGCCCAUUGUGGGCUGGGUCUUUCCAGACUGUCCCUGUAUCAGUCUGCCCUGGCAACUCCAUAAAUGAUGUUAUGAACUCCCUAGCGACUGGGCAACCCCAGGACCCAGGGGGCCGUGCAGCUUGCACCCCAGCGCAGGUCUCUAGACCACCCACAAAUUGGCUUCAACUUCCUGGCAGAGGCAACGGGCUGGUGUGUGGUUGACAAAGAAAAAAAAAAAAAAUCCGGCUGGCUAGGCAGGGCUUAGGGUCAAAUUGGGCAGCUGUGUGACUUCGGUCCAGGGGCGCCCCAGGCGUCAGGGCCCCAUCUGGUCCCCACUGCCCAGGAGAAUCUGGGGCCUUCAAGGUAAGAAGAGCCGGGCAUCGGGCACCACCCCCUCCGGGCCCCCGAGAAGAAAGGCUGGUCAUGGAGGAACACCUGGGGGAGGCGGGUUUGAGGGCAGAGGUAAGACCCUCAUCCCCAAGGGCUCUCCAGAAAGGGGCCAAGGAGCCCUGAUCUGCCCCCGCUGACCACGUUCUGGGGCCGGAAAGGGGAAGCAGGCGUCUCUGCUCUGUAGCAUGAACGCAGGCUGGGAGCUGUUUGCAAGGCUCCCAGCGGCCGUUCUCGGGGGCACGAGAAGGCAAAGGCCAGCGGCCACAGCCCCUAAUAGGUGCAGAUGGCAAUUUGGGGGCUGCUGGGAGGCGGGAGGGUAGGAAGUCUCUGUGCUGAGACUUCCUGAGCCCGCUAACAGGCCAGGUGCCAGGGGAGACCUUGCACUUGGUCACAUACCCCGCCCAGCACUGAAGGCCACCUUCCCUGCUUAGUGGCUGGGCACUGGGGCCCCUCCCCAGCCUCCCUUGUCCCCUCUCUCCUCUCCAUGCCUAAGGGGCCCAGACAGGAUCCCCCAAACCGGCCGAGGCCCAGCACCCCCAUCUCCCUAGAAGCCCCCCUUCCCCUCCCCGGUGGGUCCUAUGUCGAAAGUCUAUUUUGAAAACUCUAAGUGUUCCUUGCGGUAGGUAGCAGAGCUAAUUUAUCAAGUUUAUUUCCUGUGAGCCUCCCUUUUUUAUAUUCUAUAUCAAGAGGAGUUUUUGUAAUAUAAAGCAGGACGCCCACACUGAUGGUUUUGCACUGGU